GAAGGAAGGAAGAGAUGAAUAGCUGAAGAUUUGGGCUCGUCUAAAGGUUUAUCUUUCUUUUUUUUUUUUUUCCUUCUUCCCAAGCAGUUACACAAACCUUUGGGGGGGGGGCGAAAGUGAAGCAGCGAAUGAAGUCUUGCCAUGUGCAGGGUUAAAUGGAAACACACAAUCAGACCAUAACUCAGGGUGUAAUUCAAGCCAUACGGUUUGUCUGUCUGUUGACUCGAAAGGUUGUAUCAAGGCUUGGGGAGGGAGGGGACUGAGAGGGGAUAAUCCAAACUUUUUCGUGAUUCAUAAACCACUCCUUUGCAAUUUGGAUAAUAGAUCUCUCUCGCGCGACGACUUGCUAAACUUCAGAGUUAACUGUAGCUUGUGCUCUUUCUCUCUCUCCUUUCAGGUUGUUCAUCUCCAAGGAGGAGCAACACCCAAACUGAAGGGAAAUACGUUGUGCAGAAAAUUAGGAAAACUCCUUUUUUUCUUUGGAGAAGCUGAUUUCCUUCGGCAAGUGGGGGACGGUGGAGAAAAUGAAGCCGAGUCUGCGAUUUUUCUUAGCUGGUUUUCUGUCUUUGAUUCUGCAGACGGGGCUUUGCUAUGGGAUAAAAUGGAUAGCUCUGUCCAAGACUCCUUCGGCUUUGGCCCUAAAUCAAACCCAGCACUGCAAGCAGCUUGAAGGCUUGGUGGUUUCCCAGGUGCAGCUGUGCCGCAGCAACCUGGAGCUAAUGCAGACCAUCAUCCAGGCGGCACGGGAAGUGAUAAAGACUUGCCGUAAAACUUUCUCAGACAUGCGCUGGAACUGUUCUUCCAUUGAGCUGGCUCCUAACUACCUGCUGGACUUAGAGAGAGGCACAAGGGAGUCAGCAUUUGUGUAUGCCCUUUCUGCUGCUGCCAUCAGCCACACCAUUGCCAGAGCCUGCACCACCGGGGACCUCCCUGGCUGUUCCUGUGGUCCCAUCCCAGGUGAGACACCUGGACCUGGGUAUCGAUGGGGAGGAUGUGCAGACAACCUCAACUAUGGUCUUAUCAUGGGGUCCAAAUUUUCAGAUGCUCCCAUGAAGAUGAAAAAAUCAGGAUCACAAGCCAAUAAACUGAUGCAUCUGCACAACAGUGAAGUAGGGAGACAGGUCUUGAAAGCCUCUCUUGAAAUGAAAUGUAAGUGCCAUGGAGUUUCUGGGUCAUGCUCUAUCAAGACCUGUUGGAAAGGCCUUCAAGAGCUGCGAGACAUUGCACUGGACCUCAAAAACAAGUAUUUAUCAGCCACCAAGGUUGUUCACCGGCCCAUGGGCACACGCAAAUACCUCGUGCCAAAGGAUAUUGAUAUCAGGCCGGUUAAAGAGACAGAGCUGAUUUACCUGCAGAGCUCGCCCGAUUUCUGCAUGAAGAACGAAAAAGUGGGGUCACACGGGACCCAGGACAGGCAAUGCAAUAAGACCUCCAAUGGGAGCGACAGCUGCGACUUGAUGUGCUGCGGCAGAGGCUACAACCCCUACAUGGACAAAGUGGUGGAGCGAUGCCACUGCAAGUACCACUGGUGCUGCUACGUGACCUGUAAAAAGUGCGAGAGGACUGUCGAGAGAUAUGUGUGCAAAUGAAAACCCUCCUCUCUCCACCUGGGAGCUGAGACGCCGGCGGCACCCCAGCACUAUUCGGAGAAGAGAAAACCUUUCCUUGACUAGACGUCGUUUAUCUUGUAAAGACACAGACUUGAAGAAAGAUGGUAGGAGGAAAAAAAAGCAAUCCCACCAGUAAAAAUAAGACCCUUAAAAAAACCCAGCCAAACCCACAAAUGUUUCCCCCCACCAAUAAAAUGCUCUCUGAGAAGACAAAAACUCAUUUGGGAUGGUAUCUUCUUCCAAAAUAUUUCCUAUGGUUGCCAAUGACGUCCGGCCAUCAAGUGCCUUAGUAUUUUGAGAAACAAAAAUAGAAACUUUCCCCAGGGAAGCAAAGCAACUCUGGUUUGAAAAUAACUAAGGCUCACACCUGCCUAUGCCUUCUAGCACAGGUACUGAGUCUGCGUUAGGACCAUCCCAGAAGGGAAAACGCUACAACUUUUCAGCAAUAACUGCUUUUGUUGCCAAAGACUUUACUUUUAGCAGGGAAGCAUCCACUCCGGAUGAUAAAGGUGGAAAGAUUUCAGGUCAACCCCCUGAAAUGAACAACUCAUUUUAACCUUUCUUUUACACAGGUCUGUGACUUCGAAGUUACUCACUGCUGCAGGAAAAGCUGUCCUUGAUUUGUCCAGGCUGGAUGGGGUUUCAAAUUCAGCCAUGCAAAAAAUCCCCUGGGAUCCCGGAGGCAGUGAGAGUAGGGUACCUUGAGAAGGACUUUAUGGGGUCCUCAGGAUAGUAGUGGAGCCGUUAGGAUAAAAAACCAAAGUGGACUCAAAAUCCAGUGGAAAAGUAAAAAAAAAAAACCCAGCUCCUGCUCUCUUUCUCUCUUGCCCUUUGAGUGUGAUGGCCUUAGCCACCAAUGUUCUGCCACAUUGGGCCAUCAGAUCCUUAGGGAAAUAUGCCUCUGCCUCUUUUCCCCCAGCAAACCCGUUGACGCAGCCCCAAGAAACUGCAGAGAGCGGAGCGAGUCUGGUCCUGGCUGUAGGGAGUGCAGCCAUGCAGGGCAGCAGCUAUUCCCAGCAGAAAAGAACGGGAACGUGUCAGUCCUUCACGUGGCCCUGCCCUGACACAGCAGAGAACCACUAUCUGUGGCUGUACAUAUUUUCUUUUGUAUGCAGACAUACAGAAAUAUUUAUAAGAUAUAUCUUGCGCUUUUGUCUACUCUACUUCCUACAUAAAUAUAUCUAUAUAUUAUAAACAAGCAUUAACAAUAGUAUGAAAUAAAUGCUGAAGUUACUGGUGCAACAGCAAAAUGUUAGAUUAUUAUGUUUCACUCUCCUACUUGGAAAGCAACCCUGAUUUUCCUCCCAAGGACGGGAGAAGAGCAUGGCUCGAGGCACUCGCUGGCGUGGGAUAGAUAAGUUCUUUUAUUCCCUGUCUCCCCAGCCUCUUCAUUUUAAGCAGAAUUAGCCAAGAUACAGUCAAGACAAUGAAACGGAGCACUUGGACAAAGGAAGAGUCACCGUUCUUGUUUUGCUUUUUAUAUCAGCAAUCACUCUCAUCAGUAAAAUAUCCCAGUGCCCCUAAGGAGCUUAAUAACAAACGUGACUAAUACCUCUAAUGGGUAGUUUGCUUCUUGCUUCUGCACGUGGAGAGGAGUUGCUGUGCAGGGGAGGUUUUAGCUCAGGUUAGGUUCCCUUUCUUGCUCUUUUUUUUGCAGUGGGCAUCCAGCUCUGUGUCCCUGUUAGGAAAGGUGAUGUUGGAGAAGGAUGUCUUCUCCAGGAGCAGAAGGCAGCAGAGCCUUUGAGGUCCUUCAGACCAUUUUGGGGAACCCCAUUCCCCAAGAGAAGCACUGUAAGCAGCCAGAAAAAUCACUCCUACACAAAUGUGGGGAGACAGCGGCACUUUCCUAGGGGGAAAUAUGUCCAUACCACCACAGUCUUCCUCCAGAUCCCUUUUUUCCCCCACCCAGCCGCUCUCUAGGAAGCAACUGCCUCUGACAUGUCUCUGAGCAGUCCUAGAGAGCUGGAGGAGAAAAGCAUCAUGGGCUAUAGAGCAAAAUUACAGAUAUUUUGUUCUCCUCAGCUAUUUUGCUUUGCUGUAACUGGUUUGGGCUCCUCGCCUCCUUCCCUCCCCCAACCACAAGCAGGCAAAAUGAGGCCUUUGGUAGUUUGUCAGUGGUUUGUGUUAUUGUCACCCCAUAAAAGCUGGUGGACUAAAACAUCUCCUCAGUGCGGUGUGAUGAGCAGUGGGUGUCUUUAGGCUGACAUGCAGACAGGCUGGUGGCACAAAUCCCGCUGCUCUCCAAAGCCAGAAUUUGGCUUCGUUUGAUAUGUAAAGAAACGUUCUACUUUCAUUCUUUUAAGGAAUUUUAUUUUUAUUUCCAGUUUCUGAUGAAGCCAACAAGGCAGGGAUGUUCUGACUGAAGAAAAAUUUGAGCAUUUCAAUGCUAUUCUGUAAUGACUCUUUUUCUUGCUCCCUUGCUGAUGUCCCGAGUCUUUCUGCUUGGCGAAAAAACAGCGAGAUGGAAGAAAUGCUCUAUAUGCACAUUGUUUUCAGCUGCAUUUCACUCCUGUGGUGUCAGACCUGUGUUCCUCAGCUGGUUUUCUCAUGUCAGAAGAAACCAUAACUUUGCAGAGCAUGAAAAGAUGUGAGGAAGCCUGCUGGGCAACUGCAGGUCCAUCAGGUGGGGAAUGACCCCUCAGCAGACCUUUAGCCACAGCAGUACCUCACGCUUUGUGUCUGCCUCUGCCCACAGCUAUCUGUUACUGAAGAUGUUGAACUGAAAUGGCUUCAGUGUUUGGAGGUUUGCAGUUUGGGCCAUCCAGGCUCAAAAUCUCUGCUGGCUCCUCUAGAUCGUGGGCUUCAUCUGAAUUUUGCUUUUUUGAGCUAAGAGUCUGUGUGGCCUCAGCCCAUGCCCUACGCUGUCGGUCUAUGAAUUAACACCGUUACACCACUUUUUUCCAUAACUCCUCAGUUUCAGCGUCCUUCUCUGGAGCGGCUGCGUGCUGUAUUAGCAAUGUGCCCAGGGUGAUGUGCCUUGCUGAGACGAGAGUCACGCACAGGGCAAGGUCUGAUAAGCUGCAGCCUCCCUUGUUACACAGCCCUGCUUCCUCCAGCAAAUUGGGGUCAUCUCCCUCCUGAUGGUGUGGCAUUUUCUAAUUUUUUCAGAAAAUGACUUUCUAUGAGAGGGAGGCAGUGCUUUCUGUUUUCUUUUCCUUAUAAUACAAACUAGGAAUAAAGAGAGUCUAUAACAUGGGUCCAUCCUGGUGGAAUGACCCGUGGCACUUCUUGCUCCUUGCAGCCUGGCUCUGAUGCUUUCCUCCUGGCAUCAGCAGCAAAGCACAGAGUGGCCAGAAGAGAGAAGUGUCUUUCUUUGUUCUCAAUUGCAAUCACAGAAUCACAGAAUGGUUUGGGUUGGAAGGGACCUUAAAGACCAUCUAGUCCAACCCCCCUGCCAUGGGCAGGGACACCUUCCACUAGACCAGGUUGCUCAAAGCCCCAUCCAGCCUGGCCUUGAACACUGCCAGGGAUGGGGCAGCCACAACUUCUCUGGGCAACCUGUGCCAGUGCCUCACCACCCUCACAGUGAAGAAUUUCUUCCUUAUAUCUAAUCUAAAUCUACCCUCUUUCAGUUUAAAGCCAUUAUCCCUUGUCCUAUCACUACAUGCCCUUGUACAAAAUCCCUCUCUGGCUUUUUUAUAAGCCCCGUUUAAGUACUGGCAGGCUGCUAUAAGGUGUCCCUGGAGCCUUCUCUUCUCCAGGCUGAACAACCCCAACUCUCUCAGCCUGUCUUCAUAGGAGAGGUGCUCCAGCCCUCUGAUCGUCUUCAUGACCUCCUCUGGACCCUCUCCAACAGGUCCAUGUCCUUCUUAUUUUGGGGGCCCCAGAGCUGGAUACAAUAAUCCAGGUGGGGUUUCAUGAGAGUAGAGCAGAGUAGAAGGGGAGAAUCACCUCCCUCGACCCAGUGGCCAUGCUUCUUUUGAUGCUCGGUGCAACAGGAGUCCAAAAUGUAGCUGCCAAAUUAUUUUCUGUGCAUGUGUGGUCUGAAAGAUAUUUGGGAGAACAUUUGUCACAAACCAGUUUUGCAGGGAAAAUAUGUCCCUAAAGGCGGAGCGAGACCUUCAUGUACCAGACUCAUUCCCUCCCCCAGCCUUUCAGCAACCAGCUUUCAAGGCUUUGCUCCGAAACACUGAGGUCUUUCAGCUUCUGAAUGAAAUGGCUUUAAUUAUUGUGAAUGCCUCUGUCGGGUGAUGCUACACUUCCCUCUCUCAUAACAUAGCCUGCCAGAUCCUAACAGCUGGUAUAGUUUGGCCCAGCUCCAUGUCCUACUACACAGCUCUGUUGAUUUACACUAGCUGGGAAAAUACAGCUGAUACAUUCCCAUAAAUACUAUUAUUUCAAAAAUAUUAUAAUAUUACUCCUGAGGGAAAAGGGCAAGCUAUCUUGAAAAGUAUUAUGUCAGUGGCUUUGUAGUAUUUAUUCAUUUGAAAAAAUAUCCGUGAUUUAAUAAAACAGUUUGGACUUAAUGCUAUUUCCAAAUCUGAAGAUUUAGGCCUUGUGUGCAUCCAGCUGGCUUUAUAUUUUUUGAUGAAUUCCCCCCCAUCCUCACCCCCUUCCAGCUUUAUAUCAUUUAGUUUGCUCCCUAAGGUAGGCAAAUUACAUUCAUUAUAGAAAACUCCCAUCCGAUUGUUUGGUUUAGUCUACAAAACGGAAAGUAUCUUAAUCAUGCUAAAGCGGGCAGCCCACGAGUGCUACAUGUGCAGCUACAAAAGCCCUCGCUGAGGGGAAGGGGGGUGGCAAAAGAGGCAAAAAUCUGAAUACAAUUAACAGUGCCUUUGUCAGGAAAGUGAUAAAAGAGUCCCUGAGGGACCAUCCCUUUUCCUGCUAGAGAACAGAUCCCUGUAGACAACCAUUAGCAUCCUCCAAGUGAGCUGGGCUUGUGCUGCCCAGCUCCGGGCUACCUGCUCCGGGAAGAUGCUGGGAGGAGGCUCUGGAGGUACUUGGGGGUGUGGGGAGCAAGAGGAAAAUUCAGCCCUGGGAUCGCUUGUCCUUAACACCCUCACCCCACCGUGAAGGAUUUGCCUUCCCUGCAUCGGGCAGAGGGUCGUGAAACACCAUCACUUUGCUCCCAAGAGCAGAUGGGAGCCAGCACAGGAAUGACUUUGUCCUCUACACGUGGGAGACGGAGCAGAAAGCAAGAUUUGGGAGAGGGGGAGAAAGAACAGGAAACUUAAAAUCCACCUGAGAUUAAUGACUUUAACAUGUACAACAUGUUUUGUUUUGUUUUGUUUUCCCCUCAGGACCAGUUUCAUCAGUCAGACAGAGUUUGAUUAAAUAUCUCAGCAGAGCCGUGGUUUAUUCAUCUAGAACAAAAGUUACCCCCUGUUCAGGGAAGCAGCAUUAGCUUUGUUUUCUAAUUGUAAAAGCAACAAUAAUAAUAAAAAUCAUAACAAUGGUA